AAUUGGAACGUGGACACGGGUAAAUGCAAUAAUGAUAGACAUACAAUAAUAGAUAGAGAGUUAAAACAACACUUGUCUGCUCCUAAAGUAAUUAUCAAGAAUAGCUAAAAUGGAAAUAGUGUCCGAAGAAGAAGUGGUGUUGCAGUGGUCGGAGAUUAAGCUCCCGUCCCUCGGAGCUGAGCCGGAGCUAGAGAGAGAAACAGGCGAGCGCCGCCGUGGCAGAGACAUACUUAUUGCCAUAGAUCAUGGUCCCAAUAGUAAACACGCUUUUGAUUGGGCUAUUGUUCAUCUCUGUCGUCUCGCUGAUACCAUUCAUCUUGUUCACGCUGUUUCUAACUUGAAGAACGAGAUUGUGUAUGUAGCGACUCAAACUCUUAUGGAGAAGCUUGCUGUUGAGGCUAUGGAGGUUGCUAUGGUGGAAACAAAGGCUCGCAUUGUGGAGGGAGAUGCAGGCAAAGCAAUUUGCAAAGAAGCAGAAAGGUUGAAGCCAGCAGCUGUUGUUCUAGGCACCAGAGGCAGAAGCUUAUUACGAAGUGUUGUGCAGGGAAGCGUGAGUGAGCACUGUUUUCAUCAUUGUAAAUCAGCCCCCGUCAUUAUUGUUCCUGGAAAAGAAGCUGGUGAAGAAUCUGUUAUUUAAUUGAAUCCUGAGCAAUAUGGAUGUUAUUUGAAGAAUUGACAAGUCUUCAUCUCUUUAACAUUGUGUCUGGAUGUAGUAAGCUGUGGUAGCUGUUUUGGGUCCCAUGGGGAUGACAGGUUUGCUUCAAGGCAAUGGACAUUUAUCGUUUAGAAAACAAACCAUUAUUGAUUUUUUUCAUGGAUGUUAUUUGUUUGUUUAAUAUAUUUUGUUGCUUUUAAAAUCUUGUUGCACAUUCUAUGUGUAAUUAAGUAUGUAAGAAAAAGUUUAAAACCUCUAAUUUAGUUGUAUUGCUAUUUUGGCCA